CUGUCUUCACACGGCCGUAACACAUCUCGACAAGAGGAACACGUGUAAAUGCUGUUCAUUGACUACAGUUCAGCAUUCAACACUAUUGUUACCUUCAAGCUCAGAGACCUGGGUCUGGACACCACCCUCUGCAACUGAAUCCUGGACUUCCUGACGGACAGACCACAUGCUGUAAGGAUUGGCAACAACACUUCUUAACACUGGGGUGCCCCAGGGGUGCCUCAGUCCUCUGCUGUCCUCCCUUUUCACCCACGACUGCGUGGCUUUGCACGUCACCAACUCCAUCAUAAAGUUUGCUGACGACACCACGGUUGUAGGCCUGAUAACCAACAGCGCCGAGUCAGCCUUUAGGGAGGAGGCCUGCUGAUGGGAGCGGGCAAGAGCAAGCCUAAGGAGCCGGGUCAGCGCUCACUGAGUCUGGAUGGAACCAUUGGAACAGGCUUGGACAGCAUGCACCACCACCUCAGCCCAGCCCAGCAGACCCAGACCCCGAACAGAAGUCCCGCCGUAGGGGGCACGAGGAGCGGCCACCACCCCGGGCAUGCCCCCACCAACACCCCUGAGCUGGCACUGUUCGGCGGGGUGGACCACACGGGCAGCAUCAUCUCUCCUCACAGAGGACCACUGGCAGGAGGUGUCACUACAUUUGUGGCGCUCUACGACUAUGAGUCACGGACUGCCUCGGACCUGACGUUCAAGAAAGGCGAGCGGCUGCAGAUCGUCAACAACACGGAAGGGGACUGGUGGCUCGCUCGGUCUCUGACCACCGGAGAAAGCGGUUAUAUCCCCAGCAACUAUGUGGCCCCCUCAGACUCCAUCCAGGCAGAAGAGUGGUAUUUUGGGAAGUUAACUCGGCGCAACUCGGAGAGGCUCCUUCUGAGUUUACAGAACCGACGAGGAACCUUCCUGGUCCGAGAGAGCGAAACCACUAAAGGAGCCUAUUGCCUGUCCGUGUUGGACUAUGACAACACUAAAGGUCUCAACGUCAAACACUACAAGAUACGCAAGCUAGACAGCGGCGGUUUCUAUAUCACCUCACGCACCCAGUUCAGCAGUCUGCAGCAGCUGGUCUUCCACUAUCGCAAGCAUGCAGACGGGCUGUGCCACUGUCUGACGGAGGUGUGUCCCGUGCUGAAGCCUCAGACCCAGGGCCUGGCCCGCGAUGCCUGGGAAAUCCCACGGGAAUCGCUCCACCUCGACCUCAAACUGGGCCAGGGCUGUUUUGGAGAGGUCUGGAUGGGGAAGUGGAACGGUACAACGCGGGUGGCCAUCAAGACCCUGAAGACAGGCACCAUGUCCCCAGAGGCCUUCCUCCAGGAGGCGCAGGUCAUGAAGAAGCUGAGACACGAGAAACUGGUGCAGCUCUACGCUGUGGUGUCUGAGGAACCCAUCUACAUCGUCACUGAGUACAUGACCCAAGGUAGCCUGUUGGACUUCCUCAAAGGUGACACGGGCAAGCUGCUACGUCUACCCCAGCUAGUGGAUAUGGCAUCUCAGAUUGCAGCAGGGAUGGCAUACGUAGAGAGGAUGAACUACGUCCACAGAGACCUCAGGGCUGCCAACAUCCUCGUAGGAGACAACCUGGUGUGUAAAGUGGCCGACUUUGGCCUGGCCCGCCUCAUAGAGGACAACGAGUACACUGCCAGACAGGGAGCCAAGUUUCCUAUUAAGUGGACGGCGCCAGAGGCUGCCCUCUACGGCCGCUUCACCAUCAAGUCAGAUGUUUGGUCAUUUGGGGUCCUGCUCACUGAACUCGCCACCAAAGGCAGAGUGCCAUAUCCAGGCAUGAUGAACCGGGAGGUACUGGAGCAGGUGGAGCGCGGAUACCGAAUGCCCUGUCCCGGAGAGUGCCCGAGCUCAAUGCACGAGCUCAUGCUCACCUGCUGGAGGAAGGAUGCCGAGGAGCGGCCCACUUUCGAGUACCUCCAGGGCUUCCUGGAAGAUGACUUUACCUCCACCGAGCCCCAGUACCAGCCUGGGGAGAACCUAUAGGUUUUAGGGACAUCGGUCCCACCAUGGGACCACAUGGGCGGAUUUUCCCACCCCUGCUCACUUUAAACACUGAUCAAGGGAUGGUUUUGUAUUAUUUCCUCCCUGUAAUGGACAAUGGUUAAGGAUUGUUUAGGAUUGGGGAGAGAGGAUGAGCUGAUCCUAGAUCUUUGGUUAUGAGUGGCUUCUAACCUGGAGCUUUUGGGGGAAGUGGGAAGCGUUGUUAAUAACUGAUCCAUAGACAGUUUUUGUGGGGACAGUCGUAGUGUUUGAGGGUUGGACUGAUGUGAAAGGUGCUGAUCCCAGAAAUGUGGGGUGUUGAGCAGCUCUAGUGUCCUAAGGAGAAGGGUGCAUUUGCCCCUUAUUUUAGCAUUUUCUCCACUAAUAGUUAAGGUUAGGAUUGGGGGAGAGGAAGCUCAUCCUAAAUCUGUAGCUAGGGGAAACUUCACCCCGGAGAAUCCUAAGGGAGGACGGAGGAUAAUGAGAUGGGGCAUGGCCAUUGUUUUGACCCUCGCUCUCUGACCUAGUACCCUUCUUCUCAAAGGCUCUGUCCGGAUUCCUUCACACUUCUCCCAAAGUGUGCACUACCUGUCAAGCAUUGGCUAGACUAGAGGAAGUCUCCCCCAUUGUUGAAAUCUGUGAGUUUGGAGAAUCUAGAUGCAGCCAUAGCGCCACAGCAUCUGACCUCUCCACCUCCUCUUUUUGCAGAGCGCUGCCAACGUGGCAUAGGUGCCGUCUGUCUAUUGUCCCUCUCUCUUGUGUGAGCCAAAUGGCAACCUGUUCCUUACACAGUGCACUACUCUUGACCACUAGUACACUAGUAGGGAAUACGGUGCCAUUUAGGACUUAGCCUCUGUGUGUGUGUGUGUUUCGCUCAGUCUGUCCCUCUCUCUUUGUUUAUCUAUCUCUCUCUCUCUUCCUAUUUCCUCCUCUCUAUAUCUCUCCAGUAUUCUCAAGUGCUGCUUACGCCAGGUCAUCAGGUAUCUCCAAAACAAAUGUCAAAUUUUUUUUUAAAGGUUUUUCUUUGUUUGUCUUCUUUUUUUAAUUAUUUUUUUAUGGAUGCUACUUUAUUCCUGUGUCCAUGUCAAUAAAACUAAGUAUUAAAGCUCCCA